UUAUUCUCUUUUACAUUAAGAACUGAAACUACUGGUACAGAAUCCUUUUCUUCAUUCUGAUUAUUGCUUUAUUUUUAACAUGGUAUUUGACAAAAUUCUACCCGAUUUAGGAACAACUGUAGGCACCAUUAUGAUAUAAACAAAAUGUGGCUUAAGAUACGUGUUUUAUGAUCAGUCACAUUACCUCAUAUUUGGACUUCAUUUUUUUGGUGAUGAGUUGUAAGAGGUAAUUCUUGAAAUACUGAAGUGUUGGUAUUUGUCAAUGGCAGGGAGUUGAAAUAUGAACUAACAAAGGUGAAGCUCAAAAUGGCACGUGACUGGUAGAAUGUCACAAAACUCAUAAAUAGCCACAAAAGUAACAUACAAAUACUGUUUAUGUAAUCCCUUUUGUUUUUAUGAUAGAUUUAUAUCUAUGUUCUGAGAUUUUACUAGGAAAAACCAUGUAUGUUAAUAAAGGUUGAGUUUUGUUCUGUUUUACAGUUUAAGAAUCAUUGAGAAUGAGAAAUACAUCCACAUAGGCACAUUACACAUGUCGUGUGAUUUUUAGGUCCAUAUUAUGUCACUCAGUGGUAAAGUAUCCUACAGGCUGAAAAGGAAAUUCCCUAUGUCUACAUAUGUAGGGCUUGUAAUAUAUAUAUGUCAUAAGAAAGGAAUUGUUUUGGGACAGUCCCAGUCAGAUAGAAAAGUGAUGCUUGUUAUAGUAGAGGAAUCUUUGAGAGAGAUGCUUCAGAACUAUGGUUAUGGUUGUUUUUAUUAUUGAACCAGACAAAAUAUUUAUUCUUUAAGACAUUGUAUUUAAUAACAAAUAAAGUUUUCUUGUAGUUGUCAAAGAUGUUCAUGUUUCUAAGAUAGCCUCAUGUUAAAAGGUAGAAUGAGUUGCAUAAAUUAUAAUUCAGACUGCAUUAUGACUAAUUUUAAGAUAUGACCUUCUGCCACAGUGAUGGCAUUGAGUACUGAUAACAUUUGAGGCAUGGAAAUAUUUUAGUUGUUUGACCAGUAUUCUAAUUAUAUCUUGAAAUUUGUACUAAAAAUUAUAAGAGAACUUUUAUUAUUUUAAGUGGUCUUUAUACUAUUUCAAGAAUAAUAUAUUAUGUUCAAGGUGAGGGAGAAAAGAUAUUUUCAAUAUGAGAAAGAAAAGUCUGACAUCAUUGUCAGUUUUUAAACUAUUAUGAUACGUGCAUUAAUAGAACACUUUAGCUGUCUAUUGAAUUUCUGUGUUUAUAUGUGUUUGUAUAAAUUUUUAAAAAACAUAGCUUGUGCGUUUCUUAAAACAUUAUGUUCUGGUGUACACCUGAAACUAAUGUAACAUUGUGUGUUAACCAUACUUACAUUUUUAAAAAAUUGUGUUUAACAAAUAGAAUGCUUUUUUUGGGCCAUUUAAGACUUAAUGGUUUAAAUUUAAAUAUAAGGGUUGUCUCAAAAUAUAUUGGUUAUGCUAUCUUGACAAGUAACACAAGCACUUAUCAUUAAAACUAUUUGUGUUUUUUUUGUUAUUUAGUUUGUAAUGUUGAAUUAUGGUCAACUUCAGAAAUGGCAUGUGUCACUUUGAAAAUAAUCACUGGUCUCUGUGUCAGACUUAAAAAAAUCCAGGCAGAGACCUACUAUAAAGCAGGUAGUGGAUUGAGUGAAAGUUAAACAAAAGCAUGAGAAGGUUGGUUUUCUCUUUUUAAGUUAUUUAUUUAAGUAAUCUCUACACCCAGUGUGGGGAUCAAAUUUAUGACUCCGAGAUUAAGAGUUGCACAAAAGCAUGGGAAAGUUUUUAAUAGGUACUGUCCUUCUUUGGCUUAAUAUUCAGGUAAAAGUGUUUGAAGAAACUUUUAAGAUUAUUCAUUACCAGCUAAUAUAUUUUUGCCCCCUUUAGUAAUAAUUCAUUCGAGAAAAAUUUAAGUACUCUGUGCCAAACAUUGAAGGAAAAGAGUAAAAAAACCAAGAGGAUAAAAACAUUUGCUAAUAUAGGCAAAAACAUGUUUUAUUAAUGGUGCAUUUACUGUACACAUGCUGAGUGCUAGAGAUAUACAUAUAAUUGAUAUUAUAGUUCCUGCUCUCAUGAAAGUCUCCGUCCAUUUGGCAAGACAGACAAACUAAAAAUUAAAGUUACACUAUAUUAUAAAAGAAGUGCUGUAAUAAAAGUGAGCAUUAUGCAAUAUGGAAACAUACAGGAGGAAACACUAUAAGGAAUCUAGGAAUACUUCCUAAACAGGAUACCUGAAUCUUGGUGGUUUAGUAGAAGUUAGUAGGACAAAGAAGGUAUAUUUCACACAGAUGGAGUGAUAUUGCAAAUUUACAGAGUGAGAGAUUGCAUGGAGGUCAAGGAACCACAAGUAAUUAAAUGAGGCUAGGAUGGAAUCAAAUAAAGUAUUAGCAAAACAUAGGCUGCAUAGGUAGCAAAAGACAGACUUUCCAAAAAUUUGAGAUUUUAAUCUGAAAUGGGUAUUAAAGGAUUUAUAGCAAGGAAGUGACAUGAUUAGAUAUAAAUUUUAGAAAGAUCACUCUGGAUGCUACUGGAAAGCUACAGAAUUUUCAGUUAUAUUUGGAAGCUCUUUGCAAGAUAGGGACAUAUGUAAACAAUUAAGUGAAAAAGUUCAAAAAUUAUUUGUGUUUGUACAACUUGGUUCUUAGUUUGGUAAAACCAUAAAUUAGGUUCUUUGUAUAAUGUUGUUACAGACAGUAGUGGAAUAUCAUAUUCUUAGUAUAACCCUGAACAAAUACAAGAAAUUGGAAAAAAAAACAAACAAGGAUUUGAAAACUAAUUGUUGGAAAUGCUGUCUGACUGCCUCCCCUUUGCCUCAUUGACUAAAUAGUGUUAAUCCUAUCUGUACUAAAUCAAAUGAUACUACUAAGUGAUGGCAUUUAGUGUAGCCAUGGUAUAUUCUGGGUUACCUGACCCUACCUCUAACGUUGGGUUUAUAACUAAAAGAACAUAUAAUGCAAAAGGAAAAGAGAGUGAUUUCAAAAGGUGUGUACAAUUAUGAAAGGUUGAGGUAUAAAAGGAGUUCAGAUGUAGGAAAGUAUCCUUUCCCAAAUUGCCUCCUACACUGUAACCUACCUCUGUCUUCCUCUUACUGACAUAAAGUUUGUCACUGCUGAAGAUGGCUUGUAAGUUAUGCUAAGGUCUAUAUAGUCUAUAUAGUCUACCCCAAACAUUUUUAACUUUUUAUAUUGCUUUCAUUGCAAUUAUAAUAAUUAUAAUAAAUUCCAAGGUUUUAUAAAUAGUUCUCCCUUUUUGCCUAAUGAUAGGGGCCAGAUUACCAAUUUGAGCUGUAUUAUUUUUAUUCCAUUGAAAAUAUCAAAAUAUAUAUUAUAGUUACUUGAGUAAACAUAAAUUAAUUCAUAUUUGAAACCACAAAAUAGAACUUCAUAAUUUAUUUCAAAAAAUAAAAAAUGCCUAAUUUUGAAUUUUUAGCCAAACAGUGCAUGGUAUAUAGACAUAGUUUAUUGUUCCCAAGUAAUUGGCAUGAACCGAGCAGGCUGAACUUUUCAUAGCUACCAAGACUUUAAUCCCAGGCUGUUAAUCCAAAUGAGUGGUAAGCAAGCUUUGAAAAACCUUGAUUUCCAUUAAUGUAAAUCCGUGCUCUCAUAAGAAUGGGUUUCGACUCCUUUAUAUGGAAGCAACUACCUUCACUUAAGUACUUUGCCACUUGACUCCCAAGACAAAUGUCUUCCUGCAGCAAAAGAAAGUGACCUAUAUGACCAUAUGUCUCAGUCAUUAAUAUUCUAUUUGGUGAUUCUAGACAUCUAAUUGAUAAAUUAAUAAUGGGUUUAUAAUUAAGUCAAAUUGUAUGGUAUUAUCAACUUAAAAUUAUUCAUCUUGAGAUAAAAUAUUAUGGAAAAACUAUACUUCUGCCAACUGUUUUAUUUUAAAUCCCAAAUUAGUUAAUUCUAAAUGAAAAAAGUGAUGGAGAAUUAACUUAUUCAUAGUUUUAAUCUUGCCAUAAAGGAAAAUUGGAUUGUUAUGGUAAUGAAGAACUUGAUGGUGUAAGAAUGCACUUAGCCAGAGUUCACAUAAUAGAAGUUGGCUCAGCUAAUCUGUUCUGUCCCUUCUAAAAAUGGUUGACCAAAUGGAAAACUUAAAGGCUGCUCUUUCAUGAUAAGGAAUUGACAAUGGAAGAAGUAAAUACCUCUUUAAAGUUAAUUUCUUGCUUGCACUCUAUCUCAGUUUUUUACCUACUCAGGCUAAUUUGCAGGUGCCUGGGAUGAGUAGACAAUCCAUAAUUUCUACCAAUCAAGUAAAAGAAGGAAAGAAAACUCUGAGCUUCUCUCCCAGUUAACAGUGUUUGAGCAACACACCUCCACUUACUGAGUAUUUCCUCAAUGAUAAGUAUCAAGAAGAACUGAAUUUUGACAAUCCCUUAGGAAUGAGAGGCGAAAUAGCUAAAUCUUACGCUGAAUUGAUCAAACAAAUGUGGUCUGGAAAAUUUAGCUAUGUCACGCCAAGAGCCUUUAAGACACAAGUAGGACGUUUUGCACCUCAGUUUUCUGGAUAUCAGCAGCAGGACUGUCAAGAGCUAUUAGCUUUCCUAUUAGAUGGAUUACAUGAGGAUUUGAAUAGAAUUAGGAAAAAACCAUAUAUACAAUUAAAAGAUGCGGAUGGAAGGCCAGAUAAGAUAGUUGCUGAAGAAGCCUGGGAAAACCAUUUAAAAAGAAAUGAUUCUAUCAUAGUAGAUAUAUUUCAUGGCCUUUUCAAAUCAACUUUAGUUUGUCCUGAAUGUGCUAAGAUUUCUGUAACAUUUGAUCCUUUUUGUUACUUAACACUUCCAUUGCCCAUGAAAAAGGAACGUACCUUGGAAGUAUACUUAGUUAGAAUGGAUCCACUUACCAAACCUAUGCAGUACAAAGUGGUUGUCCCCAAAAUUGGAAACAUACUUGAUCUUUGUACAGCAUUGUCUGCUUUGUCAGGAGUACCUGCAGAUAAGAUGAUAGUUACUGAUAUAUACAAUCAUAGAUUUCACAGAAUAUUCGCUAUGGAUGAAAACCUUAGUAGUAUUAUGGAACGGGAUGAUAUUUAUGUGUUUGAAAUUAACAUCAAUAGGACAGAAGAUACAGAGCAUGUGAUUAUUCCUGUUUGCCUAAGAGAAAAAUUUAGACACUCAAGUUAUACCCACCAUACUGGCUCUUCACUUUUUGGUCAACCUUUUCUUAUGGCUGUACCACGAAAUAAUACUGAAGAUAAACUCUAUAAUCUCCUGCUUUUGAGAAUGUGCCGAUAUGUCAAAAUAUCUACUGAAACUGAAGAAACUGAAGGAUCCCUACACUGCUGUAAGGACCAAAAUAUUAAUGGGAAUGGCCCUAAUGGCAUACAUGAAGAAGGCUCACCAAGUGAAAUGGAAACAGAUGAGCCAGAUGAUGAAUCCAGCCAGGAUCAAGAACUUCCCUCUGAGAAUGAAAACAGUCAGUCUGAAGAUUCAGUUGGAGGAGAUAAUGAUUCUGAAAAUGGAUUAUGUACUGAGGAAACUUGCAAAGGUCAACUCACGGGACACAAAAAAAGAUUGUUUACAUUCCAGUUCAACAAUUUAGGCAAUACUGAUAUCAACUACAUCAAAGAUGAUACCAGGCAUAUAAGAUUUGAUGAGAGGCAGCUUAGGCUAGAUGAAAGAUCUUUUCUUGCUUUGGAUUGGGAUCCUGAUUUGAAAAAAAGAUAUUUUGAUGAAAAUGCCGCUGAGGAUUUUGAAAAACAUGAAAGUGUGGAAUAUAAGCCUCCUAAAAAACCAUUUGUGAAAUUAAAAGAUUGCAUUGAGCUUUUUACAACAAAAGAAAAGCUAGGUGCUGAAGAUCCCUGGUAUUGUCCAAAUUGUAAAGAACAUCAACAAGCCACAAAGAAACUGGAUUUAUGGUCCCUGCCUCCAGUACUUGUGGUACAUCUCAAGCGAUUUUCUUACAGUCGAUACAUGAGAGACAAAUUGGAUACUUUAGUUGAUUUUCCCAUCAAUGACCUGGAUAUGUCGGAAUUCCUGAUUAAUCCAAAUGCAGGUCCUUGUCGCUAUAAUUUGAUUGCUGUUUCCAACCACUAUGGAGGGAUGGGAGGAGGACACUAUACUGCUUUCGCAAAAAAUAAAGAUGAUGGAAAAUGGUACUACUUUGAUGACAGUAGUGUCUCAACUGCGUCUGAAGACCAGAUUGUGUCCAAAGCAGCAUAUGUACUCUUCUACCAGAGACAAGACACUUUCAGUGGAACUGGCUUUUUUCCUCUUGACCGAGAAACUAAAGGUGCUUCAGCUGCCACAGGCAUCCCGUUAGAAAGUGAUGACGAUAGCAAUGAUAAUGACAAUGAUAUAGAAAACGAAAACUGUAUGCACACUAACUAAUGAAAGUCCUAGAAGCCAUAAAAGAGAGACUUUCUUGCUGGUGGUGUCUAUUGAAAUGAUGAAGUUACCCACCACAUUAAACAAAAGUCUGAGAUGGGGAGUUUCAGAUAACCGAAUGUAAAUCCUUUAUCAGAUUUUAACUUGUGCAGUACUUGAAGUGAAACACAAUGAAAACUUUAACAGAAAUUGUCUCUUAAUACAUUUACAGUCUUGUAAUUACAAGCUAAAUAUAUAUAGGAAAUCACAAAUAAAUCCCUUUUAAGUUUGCUGCUGUUUUGAUGAAUUAUGUUUUCUUUAAUUUUUUGGAUGUGAGUUAAUUGAUGACAAAUGUUAAAUUUGUGGAUGUUGGUCAUUUAUUUUGCUCUAUUAAUACUGCAAGAAAACUGGCUGAACUUAGUUUUUGGAUAAUCUAGUUCAUGUGCAUUAGGCUGCCACAUAUAUUACUAUGAUAUUUAGCUGCAGUAUCAACGCGGCGUAAAUACUGCAGUAGUAUUCUUGGAAAACCAAAUUUUCAAAUCUAUCCCUGGUAAUCAACAUGGGCCUAUUAAAAAACCAAAUCAUGAUAUAAGAAACAAUCUUGGAAAGUUAUUUUCUUUUUUAGUAUCAUUAAAAAUCCAGAAUAUUAUAUUCAUCUUACUGCUGCUGUGGAAACAGGUUCUAGAUUUCACACUCCAUCUAAAAUCAAUUUUCAGUUAAAUGUAAGUAUUUUUUACUGCUAUUUGGAUCUAUUCCUUAGAUAUUAAAAGAUUUUUUGACUUGCUUUAAAAUGCAUAUCUUUAAUCUGGUGUUAGUCAAAAAUUAAAAUUUUUGCUGUCUGUUUUUCUCUACCCCAUUUUUUGGUAAUUUGGCAACUGAUAGCUCUUCCAAUUAUUGUAUUAUAAGGACAGACUUAAAGUAUUCUGUAUCCAUAGUAAUAAUUACAUCAAGCUUAGAUGAGAAAUUUUUUUCAUAUACUGGCCUUUAAAUCAUUAAUGGACAAUUGGCUUUAAAGGUAGGUCUGUUAACUUUCUUUGUGUGUUCCUGAUGGAAUUCACCAUAGCCUUACAGCUUUUCUCAGAAGGUAACUUGUUAUAAGAAAAUUGGCAUUUGCAUGUUCUAGAGUCAGAACCUGUAUAGUAUAUAAAGCAUACAAACCUUGAAUUCAAUUUUAGUUCACAACAUUCAAGGAUCCAGGAUGCCAAAAAUAUAUGUGAACAUUUGAAACAUUUUUCAUUUGCUGCUUUUUCCCUUUAAUCUAGUUGAAAGAAUGUAUUGUCGAUUGGCAUACAAUACUGCCUUUAAUAGAAAAUCUAAAUGCUGGGGCACAUUUCACAUAUCGACUACCUGAGAAAUUGCUUUGUGUCCCACUGUUAUUAAAGCAAAAAGUAUAGUGUUCUUCACUUGAACUAAUCAAAUACAAUAGAUAUAAAUUGUGUAUUGUAAAUAAAAGUUCACUCUGUGAGUGCA